UACAAGCCGUAUUUGCCGGAAUGUGAACUUAAUAAUUAUUAUAUUUGGUUGGCAUAAAACUGGAACCGGUUAAACUCGAUAUGUAAACUUAUUUCUAAAACAUAUAAAGUAUGUCAUUAGGGAUUUAACCAAUCUUAAAUAAGAUGAUCAAAUCACGCUUUCUUCAUAUGGCUAUAGCCAAAAAAUUAUUGAUAGAUAAUUGCAGAAGAAACUUAUUUUUUGGUUGUCAAGAGUUUACUGUAACCGAUAUUGGAACCGCAGCGGACAUAUGUUUUCAUUCAUGCACGUGUAGAAUUUGUUUACGUUCACUUUGCUUUGAAUGAGAUAUUUUUGGGAAUUAAUAGGAUAUUUUUAUUUUAACCAAUUAUUAACUAUUAAUACAACAAACGCAAAAAUGACAACUGAAAAAGAAUUUUUGAAAUGGUUGCAACGAAAGGAAAAAUCGUUUUUGGAAAAUUUCAAAUUCGCAUUAAAUGCUUGGAAUUCAGCUGAAUUCACGCUUUCAAGUAAAUAUGAGUUAGUUCUGGAAUGGUUAUCCACAGAAGCAGCAGUCUUACCAGUGAACGAAAUUCCUUACGAGGAAUUCACAGAACUUUUAAAUAUGCGUGCCCAGCCAGGACUUAUAGAGCAAGAUGUCAAAAAGAAAUUCAUAAAAAUGAUGAUUUGUUUAUCUGAUAAGUUAGCAGAAGAAGCUUGUGUAGAAAGAACAUGUAAUUGGGCAAGGAUUUUGUUACUUUUGUGCGACUUUGAACUCUUACAAGAUUUGUACCGUGGUGACUACGAGUUACACGCUGAAGUUUAUUCAUCAUUACUUAUUUACUAUGAAUUAUAUUUAACAUCUUUUGAAUCAACAAAGAUGUACAUAAAUACAACUGCCAAAAAAACAUUGAGCAAUGCGACGGAAACGGAAUUCUUUUCAAGUGUCAUUAGUAAUUUACGAGAUCAUAUUAAAAGAACAGGCGAUAUGGAACGUUAUGACAAAUCUUAUAGGUUACAUAUUUUGCAGCCACUUGUGCGAGUAAUGCUAAUACUUCGAACUCAUUCUAUAUGUUUCUUUGAUGAGCUAUUACAGUUGGAACGUCUUUUAACUAACCAUCUACAAGACGAACAAUUUGUAGACCGUGUGAUAAACUUGCCACUGUAUGUUCGACUUCUAACGCUGGAAUGUGCUGUUGUCAACAGACGUGGAGUAGAGAGUUUUGUACAGCAUUUGUUGAAAUAUGCUUUUAAAGAACUAACAGAAGAAGUUGAGAAAGUUGAGCAAAAGCACAAUCAGAAACGUUCAAUAAUGCUCACAGCGGCAGCUUAUACGUUGGAAAUUUUUCGGAAACAUGAUAUCAAUUUGAAUUUCAAAAUGGAACUGGAAAAUCAAAAACCUGCUUUGACUUAUCUUGGCGAACAACUCUUCAUAUGCAUACAACAAUGCAAGCAACAUUAUUUGCGUGAAGUUUUAUUAGUGUUAUGUGCUGCUCUGCGUCUGAACCCACUUAUUUUGGAGCAAGAUAUUUUCCAGAUAACAACUUGGAUGAUCGUAGCUGAGAAAAAGAAUAAUGAAGAGCACACCUUGUUUGACGAAUAUCUGGUGUCGCUAAUGGAUAUGUUUCGUCGUUUAAGUCGUGUUGAGAAACUAGUUUUUAACAUGCUCAAAAGUCUUAAAGAAUGGUUAAACAAAUAUGAUAUGGAUUCAACUCACGAAGUAGAAAAAAAUCGUAAACGUAAAGCUGUGGAUGGAGUAGAAAUAAAUGCCAAGAAAUCAAAACCUCCCAGAGUAACGUUAGACGACGAAAUAACAUAUAUCCAUAUUAUUUUCGAAGAUUUCCAUAAGUUGUCAGCAGAUAGAAACAUUGACGAAAACAGUGGACUAUACAUAGAUUUUCCUUAUUUGCAUGCAGCCUGGCCUUCGAAUAGCGUGGGCAUUGCAUUUUCUAAAUUAAUAACUGGUCUAGUCUCAAAACCUGCACUUGUAAUUUGGAAGUCAUUGUUAUAUUCUCUCGAAGAAUUAAUACAGAAGUUACAAAAUCAUCCUGAAAAUGCAUGUCUUGAGAAUAAUCAAUUUCUCUUAGAUCUCCACGCCGCGUUAAUUUGUCAAUACUUUAACGGGUGCCGGCUGGCGGAGCAGUAUGAUAAAUUUGCAACCGAAGUUAAUGAACAACUUCGGAUCACCAAAGAAGUCCUCACUAAAUUCAAAAGCUUAGUACUCACGCAAGAGCACAAUGAUCGCUCAUUAAGCGCGCUACUUGAGUGUGUUUAUCAUGCUAGUAACUUCGAGCUGUUACUUAACUUUUAUCAACCAGAUGGGCUUAAUGGAAACCAAUUACCUGAUGCAGAAUGUUUACAUACAUUGAUUAGUACUGAAGAGUGGUCGUCACUUCAGAAACGUGUAAUGAAAUUAGGUAAAUCUCAGGGCAAAUUUUUGUGCCAUCGCCUCAUAUUGCAACGUAUGCAAGCACAAUCGGUUUUAAAAUCGAUGAACGACAAAACCGAUUUAAAAUUAGAAUCCGAAUCAACAUUCGACAAUAGUGUGCAAGGCGAAGUAAAGAACUUGCUGCAAAGAGAGCCAAGUAUGAAGUGGUUUCUUAGUCAAUUGAGUCCAAAAGCGAAGGUUAACAAAAUACAACAGUUACUAGAUGAAACAUCCGUAAUUGCCGCCAUGGCAGAGGACUUGGGCUCUUUAGAAAUUAUAGCGGGUGCUCUUUGUGCUCGCUUAGCUCAAACAUUUGCAUCUACGUCCAAAGGAUCAAUUUUAGCUACUUUAAAAGGUAAUUUUGACAACUUAAGCCAGGGCAUGUGUGCAGAACAAAAUACUGCUGAAAAAGAGUUACAAAAAUUGGUAAAUAUUGUACAAAUUCAUGCUCAAAAUGAAUAUAAUGUGAAAAAGCUACCAAAACACGAUGAGAUGAAAAAACUUAUACUACUUUGCCGGCAAUUGCCGCUGGGAUAUCUGCGAAGGCAAAGUAAAAACAUAAUUUUCACAUUUUUGAUAGCAUUUUAUUGCGAUUUGAAUGCAACAGAAAACAAAAAUUAUGCCUCGGAAGUAUUUGACGUAAUUAUAGACUUUCUACAUUUUGGUCAACAUGUGCCAAUCUUUAAAUAUUUCUCUUUAGAAACAAUUUUACGCGUCAUGCCUGUUGCUACCUCUUGGCCAUUCUAUGAGUUUGUAUUUUCCACCAUUAAAUCAGAAGAGAAAGGUAGCGAACAAUUUCUUACGUCGUUAGCUGAAAAUUUUGAAUCUGCUCAGAAUUCCGACUGUAAACUUAGCGAUGAACAGCGUCGUCUUCUGUUGCUGGCUAUCGAAACACUUGCGGCACUUAAUGGCCCCAGCGCUAAACGCAUGCGUAAACAUUUUGAACGCAUUUUAGCCAUUUACUCGAAAUAUGUGUAUGCAUAUUUCAAUAAACACAAUGCAAAGGAAGCCGACAAAACACCUGAUCAGCAAGCGAAGAAAGACAAAAAAUUUGUCGAAAAAACAUUAGCUGGUUUCGCGCCAUACUCGAAUGCUUUACUCAUAAAUGCGACAAAUGGAAAAUGUAACGAUGUAGAUAAGCAGGCUGCAAUGGUGACUGAAGACUUUCGACGAAUUUGUAAAAUAUAUAUUGGUCACUCAAUGGACUAUAAAAAUCCAUUUGCCAUACGCCUUUUGCAAGUGGCGCUAAAUCAUCGACAAUUGUUGCAUUUGGAUCAAGAUGAAGUAGAGUUUGUACUUAGUCAUUAUUGGCAGCAACUGAAUGCCGACUUGAAGAGUACAAGUUUAAAUGAAGCGAAUACUGUGAAAACGACAGAGACAACUGUGAAAAUGAUUAUCGGUAAUAAAACUAAUGAAGAUUUUCUGUUAACUCUGCAGAGUCUUGCUACAAAUCUGGAUGUCGUUCAGGAUUAUAGAAAUAUUUUGCGUUGUCUAGAGUUGAUAGCCAAAUGUUCAUUUAGUACAAUCAAGGGUGCUAUUUUUAACGAUAAAUUUAAAUCGAUCACUUGUAAUAUCGUACUGCGCCUUUCAAAAAAUGAGCAACAACAAUUUGUGGAUAAGGAACAAGUAUUGGCCUUAUUAGCAGCACAAAAAUCCUUAGUUGAAAACAAAAUGAUACCUAUUUCAAUGGACACUUUAGAUAACAUUCUUGCAUUUCUGAUGGACAUCAAUAUAAAACGUUUUUCUCUCUCCGAAGACAAUUUAACUGUUUUCAAACAGUUGCAUUGUGCUAUGAGUGAUUUGUACAGCUGUCUGUUGCGUCAUAGGCAUGUUCUACUUAUGGAUCGUGUACCUCAAUUUAUGCAUAUAUUUAAGGACCUCAUACAAUCAAUUGUUUGGUAUAAAAGUGAUCGUCAAAAGGAUGCAGCUUUAUCAUCCAAUGAGUUGGAGGAUUUAGCCGAGUUGGCAAUGAAGUUGGAGGCCAUAAUGCAAUUGAUAGCUACGCAUAGCGUACAUGUCAAACGUGUAGCGCCAUUUGUGCUCACUUUCAUUAUUAGUUUAAUGGUCGCUAAUAAGCGUGCUACAACGUUAUAUCCGAAGAUCAAAACCCAUAUUGAUAGCGUGUGCCAUGCUUUAAUUGGUAUUUGUGACCACCGAGUUGGUCGUUUUAUUCUACGUUGCUCUAAUGAAGCUGCAAGGCAGGUAUACGAGCUGUAUGUAAAGGACCAUAAAAAAUAUCACAAGUUUAAAGGCAAAGUGUAAAUUGUUUAUUAACAUUAGAAUGUAAUGUUGUAUUCUACAAUUUCAUAAGCACGAAUAUGUUCUGUAAAAUUUUAGAAAUGUCUGAAAUUUUUAUCAAAUAUAUACUACCAAAUUAUUAUAAAAUCUUUCCCAAAGAAUCUCCAAUCUAUCACACGGUUUUCAGUGAAUAAAGAAAUUUUCGAUAAAUAUAUAUUUCGGUUAGGACGGCUAACUUUCAAUUUUAGUAUAACAGUGAGAACUAGAAUUUCAACAAUUUUCAAAUAUCUUUAUAAAAAAGUUUUUUACUAUUAGAGAAUUAAUUAUAUCAUAAUCGUUGAAAUAAUCCACACUUUUCACAAAUUGGUCGGUCAACAUUGCCGCAACCA